CCAGGGUGGCGGCGGGAAGAGGAAUUGGUUAACAGGAGAAUGUUUCAGCUAUCUGUGGUCCUUUGCCAUCACAAUGGCAGACUUAUGGAAAAAGACGUAGCUGAUGCUGAUAAUGACCCUCUCAUGUCCCCAGAACCCGCAUCUCUCUUCCCGGAGGUCGGAUUUACCGCCUCCCCCGUUUUUGAAGUCCUCUGAACCAACAGGAAAUCGGCCAAGAAUGAGCCAGAGUGGUUCCCGCGGGUCAGGAACCUUGAAUGGCGUUUGAAUAGCACGAGGCUUGUGGAGCGGAAACCGCGGACCACAGAACUGCCAGGAAGGCUUGGGACUCGGCUUGGGGGAAGGGCUGACUAGAAAGAGGGAAUUAGAAUGGUGGGGGAAACGGAUCAGAAUGUUUGGAGGUGGGGGCAAUUAGAACCCAGUCAGAGCCCAUAGGGUAGGGUUAGAAUCCUUCGAUUGGGGAUAGGGGUAGCGGGAUAGGAUUCCUGGAGGGCAGGACUAGAAUCUUUGGAUGAACCUGAUUAGAAUCUGGCGGGAUGGAGUCAAAUCCUUUGGGAACAAGGCUGGGAUCACCCAGGAGCGGGAUUAGAAGCCCGGGGUGUUAGGGUUAUAAAUCUCGAGGGCUAGGAUAGAAUCCUUUGAAGAGAGGUGUAGGAUCCUUCGAUUGACUAGAUUAGAAUCCCUGCGGUAGGAUUAGAAACCUCCGGUGGGCGAAGUUAAAGAUCCUUCAGAUGUGAUUCAAAAUCAUUUAGAGCAGAGUGAGGACCUUGGGAGGAGGAGACAGGUUGUUGGGGUUCUUGGGGAGGCGGUUUUAAAACCCCAGGGUGAGGUUUAAAACCUCUGGGGACAAGGUUAAUAUGUUAGGAAGCGGGAUUAGAAUUCAUGAGGAGAGGUGUUAGCAUAUUUGGGGGAGAGAGAUGGAGUCAGGAUUUGGGGGGAGAAGUUAAAAUUAUUGGGGGCGGGGUUAUUAUCCAUCAGGGGCUGGGUUAGAAGCCUCGGAUGGGCGGUGUUAACAAAUCCUUAGGCGGCGGGAUUAGAAUUCUGGAAGUGGAGGCGCAGUUUAGAAUCCCAGGGGUGGGGUUAGAAUCUUCCGGGGGCGGGGUUAGGACGGUUUGGGGCGGGGUUAGCAUCGCUCCGGGCUCGGCUUAGGCUCCCAGAUGGCCUGUGGGCGUCACUGUAUCCCCGGUUCCCGCACCAACUCACCGCGGAGGCGUAGAGGCAAGUGGGAGGUGGAUCCGGGCAGUCCGGCGCCAAAGGAGCCCGAAAAGACCCGCGCUCGGAGGGCCCUAACCUCUUCUUCAGUCAGUCCGUCUUCCUUGGGCACGGGCCACCCGGGACCCCGGGGACUGCUGAACUGGGGGGGCGCUCGAGCUGCGAGGAUCCGGGCUGCCCGCGGGACGAGGAGCGGGCGCCCAGGAUGGGGUGUGUGAAGUCCAAGUUCCUUCGAGACAGAGGCAAGGUCUCAAAAACCGAGCCCAGUGCCAACACACACAGCGCCGUGUAUGUGCCAGAUCCCACAUCUUCAGGCAAGCGGCGACCUGACAACAGCAACGGCAACCCACCAGGGUCCACAGAGAAAGGUUCUGAGGACGUCAUCGUGAUUGCCCUGUAUGAUUACGAGGCCAUUCACCACGAAGACCUUAGUUUCCAGAAGGGGGACCAGAUGGUGGUCCUGGAGGAGUCUGGGGAGUGGUGGAAGGCUCGGUGCCUGGCCACCCAGAAAGAAGGCUACAUCCCAAGCAACUAUGUCGCCCGCGUUGACUCUCUGGAGACAGAGGAGUGGUUCUUCAAGGGCAUCAGCCGGAAGGAUGCAGAGCGCCAACUCCUGGCCCCUGGCAACGUGCUGGGCUCCUUCAUGAUCAGAGACAGCGAGACCACCAAAGGAAGCUACUCUUUGUCCGUGCGAGACUAUGACCCCCAGCACAGGGAUGCAGUGAAACAUUAUAAGAUCCGGACCCUGGACAAUGGGGGCUUCUACAUCUCCCCACGGAACACCUUCAACACCCUGCAGGAGCUGGUGGCCCACUACAAGAAGGGGAGCGAUGGACUCUGCCAGAAGCUGACAGUGCCCUGCGUGUCCUCCAAGCCGCAGAAGCCGUGGGAGAAAGAUGCCUGGGAGAUCCCCCGGGAAUCCCUCAAGCUGGAGAAGAAGCUUGGAGCUGGGCAGUUUGGGGAAGUCUGGAUGGCCACCUACAACAAGCACACCAAGGUGGCUGUAAAGACGAUGAAGCCGGGGAGCAUGUCUGUGGAAGCCUUCCUGGCAGAGGCCAACCUGAUGAAAACUCUGCAGCAUGACAAGCUAGUGAAGCUACAUGCAGUGGUCACAGAGGAGCCCAUCUACAUCAUCACAGAGUUCAUGGCCAAAGGAAGCCUGCUGGAUUUCCUGAAAAGUGAAGAAGGCAGCAAGCAGCCAUUGCCAAAACUCAUCGACUUCUCAGCCCAGAUUGCGGAAGGCAUGGCCUUCAUUGAGCAGAGGAACUACAUUCACCGAGACCUCCGGGCCGCCAACAUCUUGGUCUCCGCGUCCCUGGUGUGUAAGAUCGCCGACUUCGGCCUGGCGCGGAUCAUCGAGGACAACGAGUACACAGCUCGGGAAGGGGCCAAGUUCCCCAUCAAGUGGACAGCUCCUGAAGCCAUCAACUUUGGCUCCUUCACCAUCAAGUCAGAUGUCUGGUCCUUUGGUAUCCUCCUGAUGGAGAUCGUCACCUACGGCCGGACUCCGUAUCCAGGGAGGUCAAACCCUGAGGUAAUCCGGGCACUGGAGCAUGGAUACCGGAUGCCCCGACCAGAGCAUUGUCCCGAGGAGCUCUAUAACAUCAUGACUCGUUGCUGGAAGAACCGCCCUGAGGAGCGGCCCACCUUCGAAUAUAUCCAGAGUGUGCUGGAAGACUUCUACACGGCCACUGAGAGCCAGUACCAACAGCAGCCAUGACGGGUAGGACCAGGCGCUUAGGUGAUGCCUCUGAGGUAGCUCCAGCACCGUCUUCACAGUACCUGCUCACCCUUUCCACUCCCAGACACCCACCCUCACUCCAGUAACAGUUCCUCAUCUGUCAAGAGGGUGGGUUGGACUGGACAAUCUUUUUGACUCUAGCGAUCCACAAUCUGCCAUUCUCAAGAGACCCCAGCUGGAUAUUUCUAUUGCCUGGGACAGCUGGAUUCCAGUUACAGCUGUGGUUUAGAUGGGAAACUUUAAAAAUAAUGAAAUAAAUAUUUAAAUAAAAGAUACGAAUGCUAAAGCUUUUACUGACAGGUUGGCUUUUCUUCCAGUCCCUGAAUAUCUAUUUGCCUUUUUGCUGGUGACAAG